AUGGGAUAUGCGCCUCGUUGGUUGGCGUGGCCUUUGAGGUUGCUGCUUCAUUUCGGGCCUGUAAGAGUAUGCGCGCAGCUUUGUCGCAGCUUGAGAGCCCGGAAGUCCCACACCGAAGUGUUUGGCAUUGAGCACGUAGUGCGAUCUGUAGCGAUGACGGGUGAUCAUCGUGAUGUUGGGAGGGGACCGACCCAAAAGCUUCGUCGCGACGGCAAUCUCCAUAGUUUUUUUGGUCCGCCUCGCCCUCGCUCCCGUCCUGCAUGCAUACACACAUGGCCCACGGCCAAUCCACCUUGCCAUCGCCCAUAUCAGCCAAAAUGCCCUCGAAACAUAAUGCCGCCAUUGGUGAAGACGGCCAGACGUUGA